AUGGGUCAGGAUUACUACUCGGUGCUGGAAAUCACUCGCAGUGCGGGGGACCCCGACAUUAAAAAGGCGUAAGUAUCGGGGAUCCCUGUCAAGGAGGGCAGGGACACCCCCCCCCCAAAAAAAAUAUAUCCUGGGGCCAAGGUGAGCACCCCAAGGCUUCCAAUAACCCCAUCCACCAUGCAGCCAGGGUCUCUAACCCUGGCUGGCUGAGCAUCAUGAGAGUGGGAGUCAUAACAGAUAUGAUCUUUGUAAUAUUGGGUUUGGAAGCCAUGCCCUGCACCCCCUGGGCUCCAUGCCAGGGCAUCAUGGGUGGAGGGGGGGCUCUUCUUAUUGAUAUUUUAAUUAUGUAAAAAAUCUUUAAUAAAUUCUAGUAUAAAAAUAAAGCAUGUCAUGCCGCCCUUAGAGACAGCGCUAUUCAAAGAAACCCUCUAUUGUAAACUGCAAAAUUAAAUGACCCUAGCGUUAAGUCUCCCCAAUGAUUGCGUUUUUGAUAUUGUCCAACUAUUUAUAUUUUAAAGGGAUUAAUCCGAACACAGCAGAAGUUGCUUUAUUUUGUGAGCUAUGCAUAUCCGUAUAAGGACAUCAUGUAAGGAUAACAUCUUACAUUUAGGUUCACUGGGACAUAGACUCAAUCUCUAGAAGAUCUGGCGAAAGGGUUUAAUUGUUUCGGGAUCUGACUGUUACUGGGCCAGACCAUGUAUUGUACAAAAUUAUCAGGGCUGCAACAGUAUCACAUGUAAUUCACGGCACCUGGUUUAUUUUAAUCGUUAUAUUAUUUGAACCCAAUAUUGCACAUUACAUGGCCUGGCUCGGUAAAUUAAACCCUUUCAUCAGGUACUCUAGAAAUUAAUUCUAUGUCACAGAAUUACUCAUAUAACCUAAAUGUAAGAUUUUAGCCUUUCGUUAGACUGCUCACAAAAAAGUAACCUGUAAUGUGUUCUCAUUAAUACCAUUAACAUAUAAAUAGUUUGAUAAUAUAAAAAAUGCAAUCAUUGGUGAAAAUUAGGGAAUAGGGUCCUUAAUUAGUACAACUAAAAGAUAAUGUAUUAUUAAUGUUAUUAUUAUUACUGACAUUUGUAAAGCGCCACCCCCACAGCGUUGUACAGUUGGGGAAAAAGACAAUACAAUAUACACAGAACAAUAAAACAAUGUAAAUAGGGCCCUGAGCUUAGAUCUAGCCACUUUUAUGCAAAGUACUUGGCUUAAUAUCCGGUGAGCUUACAGUCUAGACCAGUGAGGCCAACAAGACAAAUGCCUUGUUAGCCUCGUGGUGAAUACACCGCUGGGCACCCUAUGGGUGACCUAUGGCCGCAUGCCCUCAGAGAGGGCUUGGCACGCGUGCCAUAGGUUUGCGUAUUAUACGUAGAUUUCCUUAGAAAUCAGUAUUUUAUAAAUGAACCUUGUUUUACCUUAUCGGACAGCCAUUCAAUGGAGCUAAACUCUGGAGUCAAACAAUUGCUUGUGGCACCAGCCUUGCAAAGACUUCUCAGUGUGCUAUAAUACUGUUCAUUGAGAAGUCUGUGAUUGGACAGCUGAAGAAAGUCUCUGCUGUGGAAGAAGGAGGCCAAGCAGUAGCUGCAGAUACUAUAUCUGCAGCUAUUGCAGGUCAAGAUUUCAUGUGCCACCAAGGAGAAUAUGCAAAACAAAUAAUAUACGUAUUUUCUUUGAAGGUAGAUCUAUUUUUCAUUUCUUUUUUUAUUGUGUUAAUUUAAAGGAGCAUUUUAGCAUUUGGAAUAGAAUUCUGUAUACCGAUGCAGAAUUGCUAUAGUAUCACGGUCUCUAUCUAUUCCCACUUGUGUGCACUGGAAAAUAAUAAAGGUAAAUUUCGUCACCUUUUCUCCAGCAUUGCCACAUGCGCCCCUUUGAUUGAUUUCACAUUCUGUCUGGAUAUAAGUAACAUUUCCUGCUCUCCUAUUCACAGGGCUUGAAGGGGUGGCUUUGGAGAGCAGAGCAUGGGGUUAGCGACUAUAGGCACUGUAACAACCUCAAUUGAUUAAGUUGUUAUAGUGAGUAUAGUGUUCCAUUAAAUGAGAACUAAAACAUUAGAAAUACAAACCUAUGAUCCUAACACUUUAGUGUUUCUGUCCCUAUCUAGACAGAUAUCCGCAGCAAAAAAAUUUGUUUUAAAGCUUUUUACUUACCUUGCCACUUGGUGCCGCUUACCUCUCCUCCUGCGGCAUUAUUGAGGAGGCAGUAACGCAGUGGCUGCAGUAGGAAGUGCCUCUAAUGGCUUUCAGGAAGAUAGUCACUGGAGGCGUGUUUAACCCUGCAAUGCAAACAUUAGUGUUUCUCCAAAAAUAACGUGUUUUACAUUACAGGGUUAAGCCUACAGGACCACUGCACUCGGACCACUUCAUUGAGGUGAUCUGGGUGGUCCUUUAACCUCUCUCCUCACCUCACUAUACCUCCAUUCUCCAUAAUUCCUAUAAGCCAACCCCAGUAAGAUACACACAGACAGUGUAAUGUUGCCACAUGCAGGUUAUGUUUCAGUGUUUAUACACACCAAAUCCAGCCUCGCACAUGUAUGUCUUGACGUGGAUUGAUAUUUUACUUCCAGUUCUUUAUAGGAUUACAUAAGCAUUUCAAAGUCCACCACAGCCGGAGUGCCAAAUGUUAAGCAUCGCUUCCUUCGUGAAAUACAUCAAAAGAAAGCAUAUCAUUAUCCAUUAUUGAGCCACUGUAAUUAAUUUGCAUGAUAGUCACUCAACUGGUGAACUGGCAAGGAAAGCAUUGUGUCAGUAGCCAUUUGUUUCAGUCACCUAUUAUUGCCUAAACUUGGCAAAUCCCAGAUUCGUGAGUAAACCAAUGAUGAAAAUGUGCACUUUUUAAAUUGUUAGUGACACUUUUUUGAAACGGACAUUUAUUUACACGGUGAUACAUUUGGUGUAUUUUCAGAUACCGGAAAUUAGCGCUGAAGUACCAUCCACUAAAAAAUAAAGAACCAUCAGCACCGCACCGAUUUAGGCAGAUUGCCGAGGCCUAUGAUGUGCUGAGUGACCGUAAGUAAUAAUAUGUUAUUUUAUAGGAAUUACAUUAACAUUCUGACAGAGUAAGCGGGACACUAGACACCCCUCAUCAUCUCAAUAAAUAAAUAUGGGGGCGGUUAGGAUUCUGUUAUCAAAAUUAUGUAAUACCAUAAAGGAGUGCAGGGACCACGGCUCAAGAAACAAAAUAAAAGAUUCAGCACAAUCCUCAAAGUCAUACUUUAUUGUGGUACCAAGAUAAUAGGCAACGUUUCAGCCGGACCUCGCCUUUACCAAACCUAUUGAACAGCUAGACCGAAGUGCGCAUAUAUAGAGAGAGAGAGAGAGAGAGAGAGAGAAAUAAUCGGAUAAGGGGUGGAGUAAGAUACUAAGAAAUUGUGAUUUACAUAAAUACAAGUUAACCCUCCACUGAUCAAUAAAUGAUUGUAAUUUAAAGUAAACACGGUUAAUAAAGUGCAUAGUGCCAAAAAAGUGCAUAUAAGUGUAUAAAACAAUAUAUAUAUAUAAUCCAUAUAUAUAUAUCAGUGUGAAUAGGGCCUUGCCCUUGAGCUUAGAUCUAGCCACUGAAGUACUUGGCUAAAUGUCCCGUGAGCUUACAGUGUAGACCUAGACCUAGAGCAUAUAUAUAUAUACACUGAUCAACCACAACACCACAACAUUAAAACAAAUGACUGGUGAAGUGAAUAAAAUUUAGUAUUAUUAUUAUUAUUAUUAUUAUUAUUGGUAUUUAUAUAGCGCCAGCUUAUUCCGCAGGGCUUUACAAUAUUCUAAAUGGGGGGGGGGGAGAUUUAGCAAUAAAUGAGACAUUUACAAAAUGAUACAGGAACAAUAGGCAGAUGAGGACCCUGCUCAAAUGGUUAUAUCGUUAAAUGGCACUUGCCAAGGGGUGCGAUAUAUUAGGCAAACAGUCAGUUCUUGAAUUUCAUGUGCUGGAAGCAGGAAAAAUGGGCACGUGAAAAGAUCUGAGUGGCUUUGACAAGGGCCAAAUAAUGAUGGCUCAACAACUGGGUCAGAGCAUCUUCAAAAUGGCGAGUCUCGUGGACUGUUACCAGUAUGCAGUGGUUAGUACCUACCAAAAGUGGUGCAAGAUAGGUCAACCAGUGAACCGUCAUCAGGGUCAUGGGUGCUCAAGGCUCAUUGAUGCACAUGGAGAGCAAAGGUUAGCCCUUCUGGUCCCAUCACAUAGAAGAGCUACUGUAGCUCAAAUUGCUGAAAAACUUAAUGGUGGCCAUGAUAGAAAGGUGUCAGAACACACAGUGCAUCUCAAUUUGCUGCGUAUGAGGCGGCAUAGCCGUCAGAAUGCCCAUGAUGAUCCCUGUCCACUGCCUUCAAUGGGGACGUGAGCGUGAGUGCUGGACCAUGGUGCAAUGGAAGAAUGUUGCCUGGUCUGAUGAAUCACGUUUUCUCUUAGAUCAGGUGGAUGGCCGGGUGCAUCUGCAUCAUUUACCUGGGCAAGAGAUGGCAGCAGGAUGCACUAUGGGAAGAAGGCUCUGGGCAGUGUUCUGCUGGAAACGUUGGAUCCUGGCAUACACGUGGAUGUUACUUUGACACAUUCAUGUGGAUAUUACUGCAAAGAUGCAAAUGACAACAUGCAAACCAUACAACCUUCUACAAGAAACAAUAGCAGCGAAAUAUAUCCAAUAAUGCUCUGCUCUUGAGUGAGGCCAUUAGUUACAUCAAUUGCAACACGACCCCUGAAACAUAUAAAGAAAAGGGACAUUAGAGGAAGAGACAUAGAUCAUAACCCCUAAUCGUACUGGAUUUGUAGAUUUGUGGCUAGAAACCCUGUCCUUAAUUUUUGUUAGUCUUACCUAUGUAGAUUUCUCCACAGGGGCAUUUAAACUUUAGUUUAAAACACUCUUUGACUGUUUUUCUAGGGGGUGAUAUAUAAAUGAUGCCAAUAGGACAUUAUUCUAUCAACAUAUAAAUAACGUGGGAAGUGUUAAAUAUAAACUGUCCCUUAAUCUCACACUUCCUAACAUUAAGGGGAUAUCCCAAAUUUAGAUCCCUAGAUUUGGUGCCCAAAUUAAAAUAAUAAAUAAAUCCCAGUUUAGUGUUAAUAUAUAUAACCCCAAUUAAAGCAUGCAUGCAUUUAGUUUUGUAAUUAAAAACAGUUUGCAAAAGUUGCAGUCCCUCCUUCUAACUUAGCCCAGACCUUCUGUGGCUGUCCAAUCACAAACUUCCCAAUGCAGCUCAAUGAGAAGUCUUUGCAUGUCAGGUGCUCGGAGUAAUUGCUGCCUCUUAAGUUUAGCUCAACUGAGCUAAACAAACCAGGAAAUAACAGGACCGGGUGUCUGAUUGAGAGCCAUGGGGGUGUAACAAGGUUUCUAUCGAAAUCUGCACUUUUUUAGAAAAUGAGGAAAGGAAGCCACACUUUUCACACAUAAAGCACUUCAGCAAGCUAAAGUGCUUUAGGGAUCUGGGGUGUCCCUUUAAUAACAUUACUACAUGCUGCACAAAUGAAAAAGGGACAUCCUGUGACAAUAUAGAUAAUAAUAAAAAUAAUAAUAAAGAAUUUUCUCUGAUGUUAUUUAUGCACUCUUAAAAUUAAAUGUGAAAAUAGAACUCUUUCUACACCUUUUCUCUGGUUCUGUUAAUGCAGUGACACAGAUGUGAGAUUCGUCCGAACUAUCACAUAGCUUAGUCCUUUCCAUAAUGUCUUGACACUGUACCACAAUGCUGUAUACUAUGUGAUGGGACAUAUUGUGUGAUUUGACCAUGUUCCCUGCAUCAUCGUGAAUCUGUACUACCUUUCUCUAUGGUGUCCUAAACAUUCUUGGGGGGGAAAAAUCAAUGUGAAUAGUAUUACAUUGUGUAUUAUAUUAUAUAUUUCCAAUGUAGAAUGUUUUAAGAUAGGUGGUAGAUGAUAUAUGUAUAAUUAUUCUGCACUUUGUUCUCUCCAGCAAUAUAUGAUGCAAUUUAUUUUUACACUUAUAUGCACAUUGUUUUGGGCACUCUGCACUUUAUUAACUGUGUUCACUUUAAAUGACAAGCAUUUAUUGAUCAAUAUGUGGUUAUGUAUUUAUGUCAAUCACUAUUUGUUAUGGUGUUACUCCACGCCUUAUCCAGUUAUGGCUCCAGAAAUAUAUGCCCCUCAGUCUAACUGUUUGCUAGGUUUGAUAAAGGACAAGUUAGGUUGAAAUGUUGCCUAGAUCAUUUUUUUUAUUUAUUUUUUCUUUAAAGUUCCUUAAGACAUUCUUAAUAAAUACCAGUAAUAAUUAUAAAAUGUACUUUAAAGCCUACGCGUUAAAUAGAAAUGUUUUUCUGCAUGCCAUUGCACUCUAUGGGAUUUUCUUUCAGUAACACGUGAAUUCUUCUGGUCCAGAUUAAAAAUAUAUCUAUAAUAAUUAACGAUAAUUGAAUUGACACAAUUUACACAUAUUGGAUUUCUGCAAAAAGCAGGUGAAUUUAUUUUGCUAUUUGAAUAUUUGACUUUUUAUUUAAUACACAUGCAGAUUGCAAAUUUAGACUGCAUUCAGAUGUUAUGAAUAUCCCUGGACUACACUUAGCAAUUCCAUUUUAUAUUCACUAAACUCUGACUUGUGAAUAUAAAAUUUAAUUGCAAAGUGUAGUCCACGGUACUUGGUUUGAAAACAUUCUUCAGCUUAGCUAUAGUCUAUUUUUGGUUCUCUGCAUCCCAUAGUUUAGUGGAUAAACCUCCUAAAACAGAAUUUACUAGAAUCCUCCUCUCAUAGGUUUUGCUCAAGGGAUUCUGCCCACCACAGUAUAUUUUAUAACGCUCCUUGGUACUCAGUUGAUUGGUUUGUCCUGGCAAUAUUUAUGUGUUUUUUUUAAUCAGUCAGGAAAAAAGCAACGUAUGAUAAGUUUGGAGAAGAAGGUCUGAAAGGUGGAAUCCCCCCUGGAUUUGGUGGUGAAGAAGCAUGGAUCACCGGAUACGUUUACCAUGGGGACGCAGAAAAAACAUUCAAAGAGUUCUUUGGAGGAGAUAAUCCAUUUGCAGGUGAGAUGAGAGAGAGGAAGAAUUUAUUCACUAGUAUCCUAAUUCUCACAGCAUCUUAAUAAAGGGUUGCUCCUGUAGUAGAUAAUUUACUGCAAACCAAUUAGUUUGAAUGACUAUCUGUUCCUGUCCAAAUUAAAGAUAAUAAAGUUGCGUGCACGCAGAAGUAAAUUCACACUGAGACACAAAGUUCAGGGUAAUGAAAGAACUUCAGAGAAGUUUAAUGGCUUCUGACAGAAAAUGGGUGCGCAGACCCUUUUAAAGGCAUUAUUACAUCAUUGAAGAAAAUCAAGAUAUAGACAAAUAGACAUUGUUAAUUGGCUUAGAUGCUAAGAUGUUAGUAAAAUGCCCUCCCCAUUCUUAGGUCACUAUCCACGUCAUUUCUUAACUCCUCCAGGUUUUAGCGCCAUUUUGCUAACAUGAGGAGCUCACUCGACGGGGGGGGGCCUUUUGGCAGCUAUCCAUUUAGAGCGUAGCUGGCACUUAGUUAGUUAGUUUCUCAAGGUUAGGUUUCAAGGCUUUUAGUAAAUACACAUUUUAUCAAAGCUAUUUCUUGCUGGCAUGCAAAUUCUAUGUUCUAUAGACAAGGCUUUCUUAUAAAACUAUGGGGGCCGCUUAGAGGUAUAGCAAGAGGAUUUAAAGGGGCCUUACAGAUUUAUAGAGGCCUAAUAAUUCUACAACAGUCCCCCCUAAAAUGUUAUUUGCUAAAAGACAAACUUUAUUUGUUAGUAUCAGAAUAUGUGUUAGCCCAAAGACACAGAAACCCCAUGACCGCUGACUUAGUGUUAAUGCAAAGUGCAAGUCUAUCCCUCUCUUGACCCUAACAGGCUGCAGCACAUCCGUCAGUACGGUUCAGGAACACUCUUCACUCCGCUGGUAACCCAUAGUGGCUUAUCCACUACUUCUCCGUACGGCAGUCUACCCAUAAAGACGGACGCUGUCCCUGUACUGUCCCUUCCUAGACUUUCUGCACUUCAUCAGUAUAAGGGAGAGUUUGUAGCGGAAUACAGGGUGAGAUGAGGUCUUGAUCAUCGAUUGUCAGAUGAGUGAAGGUUGGUGUUGCUUGGUCUACAGUUUUCUGCAGGAAUUUCCUUAGGCAUGGGAGGACACAACAAAUGAGAAGAGCGAGAAUAAAAAGAAAAAUUAGUAAGGCAAUACCAAUCUGGACUAAAGCUCUCUGCCAACCAGUCAUCCAACCAAACCAUUUUUCCCAGGGAUCAGUAACUCCAGAGUUUCUCUUUAACUCUUCUGAGAGUCUAUUUAAUUUAGCUAUGGCCAGAGUGACUUUACCAUUAGGACCUGUGUUUUCUGGGAUAUAAGUGCAACAAGUCAUGGUAUCAGGUAGUAUUUUACAUACACCCCCCUUUUCAGCUAGAAUCAUGUCUAAGGCCAUUCUGUUCUGGAAGGUCAUCUGGGAUGUGGCCUGCAACUGCUCGGCCAGGCCCUGGAGGGCAUCCCUGGUGUAGUUGACAAAACGCUGUUGGUUGUAAUAAAUGUAGUUAAUCCAAUUAAGGUUUUUGUUGGCAGUGACUAUAGUGAACAGUGAUUCAAAACCUGCAGCUACUUCAUCUCUAGCUUUAAAUUCAUUAGGUACCCCCCUAGGUACCCCAAUGGCAUCUAUGUAAAUGUGGGGGUCAAAACUGCCUUUUACUGGGGUUUCGCACCUCACUCUGGCUGGUGUAUGUGGAGGGUCGUAUGUGUCAUGAUGAUUAUCAGAAAUAAUAUGAAUGGGCAUGAUAACUUUGGCCAGGGUACACUCACCCCACCACUCAGUUUCCAGCCUAGAUCUUAACUGUAGAUCCCCACAUAACCAGUAAAUAUCCCCCAAUGACCUGGUAUGGUGUUGCAACAGGCGUAUAGGAACAGUUCUGUAAGUGGCGCAAUAACCUUUAGAAAAGUUACCCAUGAAUUUACCAAUCCCGUCAUACAUGGCAUAACAAGUGUAAUUACCUCUAUAGACUGUGAUUCCAUCUGGUGGCUUAACAUUUUCAACUAAGAGAGGGUACUCUGCCGUCCAUGCCAUGCAGAGGGACCUAUUAAAGUCAUAUUGGUAGGCAAAAAGGCUUAAGAAGCAAUCUUCUAUCUCUAAAUGGAGAAUUAGGGGGACGGUGCCAAGGUGGGGUCGGGCACCGCCACAUACAUAACAUGCUGUUUUAUUAUGUUUGUUGGCAUUAUACCUCAUCCAUUCUAACCACAAAUUAAUGUCAUUGAAUCCAGUUUCAGCGGCCAUGGUAUCUUCAAAAGUGGGGUUAGCGAUGGCCAUCAUAAAGGACUGGAUAUGUGGUUUUAGCGGAUUUGGGACCAUAUUAUCAGCCCCUUGCCACUCUGGAGAGUGGUACAUAUCUCUGAGGUAGAAAUGACCUAAUUUGUUGUAGGAACCUUUCUUCCAAUACAUUCCCAUUACAUAUCGGUCUGCAUCCUCGGGGCCAGGAUGUUCAAUAUUUAACAUUAAUUUCAUAGGGGUACUUCCUCCAGGCUUUCUUAAAGUCAUUCUUUGAAGGAGGGAUCUACCCUGAUUGUCUAUCUUAGAUAAAGCACUUUUGGGUUUAUAACCCCAGGCAGGCCCAGUAUUCCAUCCCGCAGCCCCCCAGUAGUUACAGUCAUAACCCCAUUGUUCAUCUACUACACAAACGUAAGGGUCUUUUGCUUGUGGGAUAUCUUUAUAAAUGGCUUGAAUCUGUGACUUAGGGAAUGGGCAUUCUACAAUAUCACAGUAAUCAAAAGUGAAUGUAGCCACAUGGGUACAUGAUGAAUUAUACCAGAAAGUGUACCCACUAGCAUCUUUGGUGAUGGCCACCUGCUGGGCUUUAAGGAGGCCAACUAAGGAGAUAAUGUACCAGAGGCACAUGGUUGCAUAGAGUUAGCUUCCUCUGGGGCAGGUGUCUUCUUGCAAUGGGAAGCGUGGAUCCAGUUAGGCCUUCCGGCCAAUUUGACAGAGGAAGGGGAGAUCAGGAGAACUUGGAACGGUCCGUCAAAUCUUGCUUCCAGGGUGUGUUUUCGCACAAAUUUCUUGACCAGAACCCAGUCACCGGGGAGCAGACUGUGGUUGCCUGUGUCAGAAUCAGGAUCUGGAAUUGAAGAGAAAACUUGGGCAUGGAUUUUGUUCAAAGCAUUUGCGAGUUCAGUUACAUAAUCUACUAAGACAUCAGUUUGAAGUUGUAGUUGUUGGGGAAAAUAGCAACCUAGCCUAGGUGCAGUCCCAAAUAGAAUCUCAUAUGGGGACAAUGAGGUAGUAUUUUUGUACAAGAGCAUUCAUUAGAUCCUUUGAUAAAUGUGCAGGUCCGUGUGCCCAUUGUACGACUGCUGGGUACAAAUUCUUAGGGAGGCAGAAAUUGAGGUUGUUGGAGUACACUCCAUCCUUCAGAACUGCCCCUUUCUGUUUCCACUUCUGUAUUUCUUCAGGGGCAACUGUAGCCUGUUGUUCCCGCAGGAUUUUCAGGUCAGUUGGAAGAGUCUGCAGAGUAAAUAUGGGAGUUUCUUCAUUUCCGGACACUCUUCUUUCCACUUCCUGUGGUUCUUUUGCAGCUUGUUUUGCAGCCUGAUCAGCUAGAUGGUUGCCCUUUGCUUCAUCUGAGUCCAACUUCCCAUGUGCUUUUAUCUUCAAAAUAGCCACUUCUUCUGGGAGUAGGAGGGCGUCCAUCAGCUCCUUGAUCGCAGAACUGUGCUUGACUGGUGUACCGGCAGUGGUAAGAAAUCCUCUUGUUUUCCAAAUUAAUCCGAAGUCGUGAGCCACGCCCAGUGCAUAUCUUGAAUCCGUGUAGAUAUUGGCGCGCUUUCCUUCAGAGAUCUUGCAUGCUGAAGUCAGGGCUUGCAAUUCAGCUUCUUGUGCAGACAUAGUUGAUGGUAAAGAUGAUGAUUUGACAAUUUCAUCUGUUGUGGUUACGGCAUAUCCUGUAUGGUAUCUUCCUUCUUCAUCAGCAUAUCUUGUGCCGUCCACAAACAGGGUGAGAUCGGGAUCUACCAAUGGGUCUUCAUGCACAGUUGGUAGAUGUGUUGUUUCCAUUUUCAUCUGUUCAAAACAGUCAUGAGGUGUAUAUGGGUCGUAGUCAUUCACUAUGGUUAAAUCUUGGAACUCAUUUUCCAGGAAAUGACGUGGCCAUGCUUUUAGGUGGUCAGUUGUUGGAUAUUUGACAACACCAUUUUCCUGUAGCUGUGAUUCGUCCAUAGUGGCCCAUGCUUUUGCCAUAGGCCCAAGAUCAUUCCAUGAUAUUGUUUUCAACUUGGUCACAGGGACAUGUGGAAUGGCAGUGUCCCAAUGACGGUACAAAUGCUUGAGUUCCGGAGGUAGAUGAAUCAAGACCAUACUGUUGCCUUCAGAAUCACAGUAGAAGUCUUGUGCAGUGAGUUUUACUUCGACCAGAUGAUAGAGUUCAUCUUCAUAGCAGGGUUCAGGAGUGAUGUUUGGUUUGUACCACAUGGUACAGAAGGCAUAUCCUGCUCCGUCAUGAAGGAGUGCUUGUCCAUCAUGAAAGGAUAGGUUGGGAUGCAUUUCCUUCUUGAUGGUGCCAGUGAGGAGAAAAACAUAAGUUUCGUCCAUGAUGAAUCCGUAGUAUACACCCCCCUCAGGGAGUGGCAGAAGAGUGGACGGAUUGAGAACUUGACAUCUUUGAAGGGUAAUGUUGUCAGGCAACAAAAGGUGACAUUGAAGGCGAAGAUGCCUAGCAGGAGUAACAUGCUUAAGUUGGACCUGGUUGACUAUGGCAGAAAUGUCAUGAGGGGCCAAGACAACCAGGGGGUGGCCAAGGACAAGAUCCCCAGUUCUUUCAAUGAGCUCUCUGGCAGCAAAGACGGCCCGAAGGCAAGAGGGACGUCCUCUGGCCACAAUAUCCAGUUGGCAGGAGAAAAAUCCAAUAGGCCUUUGGCGGCCUCCAGGACCAUGGGCCUGAGUGAGUACUCCUGUUGCAUGGCCUUGUCUUUCAGAAACAAACAAUUUGAAGGGUUUGGUAUAGUCUGGUAGGCCAAGAGCAGGAGCAGAAGCAAUAGCACGUUUGAGAGAACAGAAGUUGUCAAGGGCUUCUGUGGACAAGCAAAAUGGGUCUGACUUGAGAGCAUCAUAAAGAGGUUGCAUAAGGAGCGAGGCUUCAGGGAUCCAUGCUCGGCAAUAGGAAAUGAGGCCUAGGAAGGCGUGUAGUGACUUUGAGGUCCUUGGAGGUGGAAUGUCCAGUACUGCUCUAACUCGGUCACGAGUGAGAUGUCUGGUUCCCUGAGACAGACAAUGGCCAAGGAAGAUAACAGUAGGUUGGCAGAAUUGCAGCUUGAGACGUGAAGCUUCACAUCCUUGUUCUGCUAGAUAGUAAAGAAGAUUAAUUGAGCAUUGUUCUGUUGUGGGUAGAUCAUCUCCACAGUAAAAUGGGAAGGGAACAAAGAACUGUAGUGUCUUUUCGUGACAAAGGUGUAUUUAAUUGAACCUGGCCGUCUGCAGUGAGGGUGAUGGAUGCUUGGAGGCGGGAUAGGACAUCAGCACCAACACAAGAGACAUCGGUGUCAGGCAGGAACGAUGAGUCAGGCAGGUCUUGUUCUCUAGGAACACUGCGGGCUGCACCUGUGUUAACCAGGAAAGUAGUAGGGUGACCUUCAAUAGGUAAAGUUACAGUGGCUAGUGGCCCCCCUUGUUCCCUGUAGACACUGCCAUGGCAGGGGCAUUAAGCAUCAGCGGGUUUGCUCUCCUCUGUAUGGGCUGUGUUACUGACUCAAACCCCUUUCUAUGUCAUUAGCCAUAGCUUUUUGCAGUCUGAACAUGUCUAUCAUUAUAAAUAAUGGUUAAUAGUAAGUGAAGUAAAGUUCCUAUAUGUCUUUGGAUAAAACAUUAACUAUUGCGGUACUAUCAUUUAUAUUAAUUAGACUAUAACAAUUAUACCACCCUGUAACUAAAAUAAACAACCAGUAGUGGCUGGGUUAAUAAAACAUGUCACUAAUCCUUCUAAUGCUAAACCACCAUUUAACGUAAAGGAUGUUACUGUAAACAUACGAUCUGUAACUAGCAAGAUUCGAUUAAGCAAAGAUACAAUGUUUAAAAUAACUUGCAUUAUUUGGCUAUUUCCCUUGUUGCAAGAUUAAUCUGGAUAAUCAGCUGUUAUGCUCUUAUAUUCGUGUCCAACAGAUCUCAUUUGUAGGUCACACCACAGUUGCAAAUUACAUUUUAGCAACCUUCUUUUUUUUUUAUAUCACGGACAAAUUUCUGAUACAGGGAAACAAAUGGCAUGAUUGUUUUAGUAAUUAUAAUGUUUCAUUUCAUAAUAUGUAGAGUGUAAGGAAAACAACAUGUCUCUAAAUAGGACGAGCAUGAUAGGGGUAGGCCUCAUGAAGGAGGCAGCCAUGACAGGGGCGGGGAAGGAAAUGACAGCAAGGGAGGAAGUUAGAGGGGUGACGUCCAUGAUAGGUGUGGGAAAGGAAGACAGGAGGUGUGGGCAUGGUAAGGGCGGAGUGACGUCACUUUAGAAGCAACCGUGACUGUAGAUAGGUCACGGGACUGGCAGGGUCAACCUCCUUCUGUACUAGGCGCCAUCUUUAGAGUGGUGGCUGAUGCACUUUCAACAAUACACUAUAUUAUAACUAAUAAAAUAAGUCAGAGAAGCAACAUUCUGUUCUGCAAAAUGAAAUACUAAACUAUGAACAGACCUGGCAGGUUAAAUAAGACAGUUGAAAACAUUAUGCAUUUAACAGCCCAUACAGCUGUCUUCUAGAAACAUGUUCUUUAAAAUGAUGCAAGAUAAACUCGCGGAAUUCAACCAAAUUCCCUUAUCUUCCUCAAACCAUUAAUCACUUUCCUCCUCUUAUACUGACUUAACAACAUCGCAUAUUCCCUCUACACCUUCCUAAAUCCCGUAUUCAACACUGAAUGCAAUCUUGUGAGCUCGUCACUCCCACAAUCCUCAGUACCUUAUCACAAAACACAAUUUAUAUAUAUAUAUAUAUAAACGGCAAACGGCAACAAUAAUAAUAUUAUUACACAAUUAUAACACCAUAACCUUUGAAUUAGAAUAUUUUCCAGCAAAAAUCCUGUCUCUAACUCUUAUCAGUAGAAAUGCAGGCAAGCGGGGAGGAGAGGGGGGGAGAAAGUUAGACAGUGCAAAAAAGGGAGUGAAGCUGCAGGCAUGAAGAUUAACCAUGUGAGUGCUGGAAAGUAACAAGACAGAAGGACAGAGACUUAUACGUUUGGAAACCAGAAAUCUUUGACGGGAGAAACGGACUGGAGGUGCAGGGAGCUGCAGAGAGAGGAUGAGGGUGACGAGAUCUGUAGGACUGAUGGGGGGGGGAGAAUAGGGAUCCAUCAGCAUCCAGUAACACAAUUAUUAUAAUACACAAACAAUCUUAAACCUUUGUGAUCAAUUUCUUCCUCAACCUAUCCCUUUUGCUGAAUAGCUCUUGCUACUCGGUACCAGGCUUCUGCUGUACAAACCAAAUCGUGGUCCGACAGCUUCCCUUUCUUCUCUGUCAGUAACUUACGCCAGCUCUCUGGCUACAAUCUGCCGCACAGAGGUACGGUAAUUCCACAUACUUUAGCAAUCUUACUCACUUUCUUAACCAUCUCUUCUCCUUCUCUGUCUUCCACUAGAUCACACGCUAACCAACCCUUACUGGGUUUAUCUAACUUCUGUCCCAUCCUCCCUAUAUAAGGCGUCCCAGAUAUAGAGAGAGAAAGGAACAGAACGUCUACCGUGCUCGACUGCUACUUUAAGAGCAAGCUCUUUAAGUACGUCUUCCCAAAACGUAGACUAGUCACUGAUUCCGCCUACCCGUGGUAGCCGCGGAUUGGAGCGUGGCGAGAAGUGUGUGACCAAUCACUUCUCUCAACAGAGAAAGAGAAAUAGGAGGGGAAAGUGUAAAUAGUACAGUGAGUAAGAUAAAAGUAAACACAGGAAUCUGUGUGACAGACAAUUAAGACAAUAACAUUUCAGUGUAAAUACAGUGCAUGCAUCACAGUUCAAAUAAGUUCAACAGUUUUAUCCCUUGCCUUUACUCGUGUGGCCAAAAGCCACCUCCCUCAACCUCGUAGUGUCCCUGUUGCGGACCCACCCGCAAGUCUCACUACCAGCAGCCACAGGAAACAGCAACAGCUUCCAACCCGAAUCCUGUAUAGCCUAAAGAAUUGGAAUCUUACCUGCCUCAGCGCUCGAGGCUGGAAUUUUACCAAGAAGAAGUGUCCGAUGAGGCUAGCUAAGCGGUCAAAAUGACACUAUGGGGAACCCCCAGAAAGCAGUGAGUCUACACCCCUCCACAGAUUCCCCCUACUCUUUUUCCUUACAGCCACAGCCACGUGGCUCCUAAAAGAGUUAAACAGGCAAUAGAGGACCCCAGGAAAACUUCCACAGGUCCAUCCCCCUUUUUCCUUACUACCACAGCCACGUGGUACCUAAAAGGAGUUAAACAGGCACUUACACUCCCCGGGUACUAAGUUAAACACAUACCAAUACAAACACACCCAGGCAACAGAUAGUCAACAUGCAGGUAAAUUAAGUAUCAUUAACAAUACAAAGACUCUGGGCAAGUUAUUACCUGACUUUGAUGUCCUCUCGGCAGCAGUCACAGACACUGGGACAGGUCAAUCACAGGGGCAGGAGCAUACCGGCUAGGUGCUGCAGCAAUCUCUACCGUGUAUUCAGAGGUGAUCAGGCUCUUUUCCUUCCCCCAGGAUUCACCCUCCCCGCGUCUUCUUGGACGGCUGCCCAGGCAGGACAUAACCCAGAGCCCCACGUUGGAAGCGCCAAUUGUAGUAGAUAAUUUACUGCAAACCAAUUAGUUUGAAUGACUAUCUGUUCCUGUCCAAAUUAAAGAUAAUAAAGUUGCGUGCACGCAGAAGUAAAUUCACACUGAGACACAAAGUUCAGGGUAAUGAAAGAACUUCAGAGAAGUUUAAUGGCUUCUGACAGAAAAUGGGUGCGCAGACCCUUUUAAAGGCAUUAUUACAUCAUUGAAGAAAAUCAAGAUAUAGACAAAUAGACAUUGUUAAUUGGCUUAGAUGCUAAGAUGUUAGUAAAAUGCCCUCCCCAUUCUUAGGUCACUAUCCACGUCAUUUCUUAACUCCUCCAGGUUUUAGCGCCAUUUUGCUAACAUGAGGAGCUCACUCGACGGGAGGGGCCUUUUGGCAGCUAUCCAUUUAGAGCGUAGCUGGCACUUAGUUAGUUAGUUUCUCAAGGUUAGGUUUCAAGGCUUUUAGUAAAUACACAUUUUAUCAAAGCUAUUUCUUGCUGGCAUGCAAAUUCUAUGUUCUAUAGACAAGGCUUUCUUAUAAAACUAUGGGGGCCUCUUAGAGGUAUAGCAAGAGGAUUUAAAGGGGCCUUACAGAUUUAUAGAGGCCUAAUAAUUCUACAACACUCCAACCAGGUUACUCACGCUGCAAUGGUCUGCCACCCCAAAUUAAAAAGAAAAAGGCUAAAACGUCUCCUUUACUGAUGACACCCGCCUUGCUGGAGUGGUAGCAAGGUCGAGGAGGACAGAGGUGACAUGCCGCCAUUUGUUGCCUGGUGCUAAAAUGCUAUACAUGCCAGCAUCAGAUCCACCAUGACCACAAUUACUUUAACCACUCUGUAACUGGAACCGUGUGAUUAUCUAAACUCUCCUUAAAUGUGCCACGUGUCAAAUAAAUGCAUUGAUUACAAAAUAUUUGCUAAAAUAUGCAGCACACACACACACAUAUAUAUAAGAUUCCAUCAUUGAUAUAUACUGAAACAUGCAAUAUAUAUUCAAGCAUGCAAUAUACAUAACUAAAUCAUACGACAUGCAAUCCAUGCAACUUACUUACAUAUAAGACAUAUAGCAACAUCAACACAUUAAAACAUGCACCAUUUCUAUUCAUAGAUCUAAAUUCCAUCAGGAAAUGUUCUGUAAAUUUGAAACUAAUUGUCCUGCGAUAGGAUUUUGCCGCAUUCGUUUUACAGCUUAAACUCUCAAAUCAAAGAUGACAGCCAGCAUUUUACUCGCCUAGUCAUUGCUUUCUUUUUAGAUGCCGGGUGCCGGAGAAAGCCAAAACGACACUAUCUAGUAAAAUGUGAUUUACUGUGCUGCAUAUUUAAAACACGGGUUGCAAAUGGUUGAUGUCCAUCUGUUGCUGAGUUACAGCUCCCACAAUGUUUUGCUUUCCUGAAAUCUGACAAAGCAUCAUGGGAGUUGUCCUUCAGUAACACCCGUAGAUCUAUUUGUUUGGCCACCCCAUUGUGACGUAUAGUGUCUUCAUUAUUUUAUUAUAAUUAUUGCAUACUGAAGGUUUUGCGUUUUUGUUUAUUUUUAUUUCUAAAGAUUUUUUCACACAAGAUGGUGCUGAGGUGAACACAGGAUUUGGCGGGCUGCGCGGGCGAGGGGUGAAAAAACAAGACCCCCCGGUCGAAAGGGAUCUCUACUUGUCUCUGGAGGAUUUGUACUUUGGUUGCACCAAGAAGAUCAAAAUCUCUCGUAGGGUAUGCAGAACAUUGAUUAUCUGAUUAUCAUAUAUCGACAGCCAAUACUGUCCCUGUCUAACUGUAGGUCUACGUGGCAUGUGUGGACUGAGGACUGUUUCUUGUUAUUGAAUACUCCCAGAAACCCAGUGAACUAUAUAUAUAAUGUCACAUGUCCUAAAUAAAGGUUCAGUGCAACUGUUUCAAUUCAAAGGACAUAGAUAUACAUUUUGGCCUCCGAGUCCUUGUAAAUCUUCAAUGCGCGUUAAGAAGGCGCCCCACGUGUGUUCUUCAUGUUUGGGUUUGUUAGUAAAUUACCGUGAACUUAAACUCAAUUACAAAACUCAAGAUAAAUAAGCAAAGAUGUGACUAUAACCACGUUGGGUCUUUGCCUAAUAUAAGCCCUAAUGGUGACAGAAUUGUCUUGUUUCAUCUGACUCCAUAUUUACUAAAGUCUCCGGCAUUGAUGGUGGCACUGCAUGAAAGCGUCAAUUGUCAGGAAUUUAAAGUUAAUUUGUAAAUUCUCGGCCAAAUUGAUAACAUCGCAGACUCAUAUUUUUUAUAAUUCAGCUGAUUUAGCCAAAGUUUGAAGUUUAUGCUGUAUUCCGCACAAUUCACAUUUUAAUGAUUAAACCUGUUUGUGCCGCAUUUACAUAUUUACUAAUGGAUCAUAGAUAGCAGGGUUUUAGGAGAAUAUGUAAAACUGCUUAGAAGUAUGCGUGGCACAGGCGUCGGUCUAUGCACUAAACAUUUCAUUUUAAUUAGUUUAAAACCUGAUUUAAAAAUCCAGAUCACAGAUUGGAUGUUUUAGUCUGAAUUUUGUAUUUUUGGUAUUCCGUUCAGCACCAUUCACUGUUUACUGAAUAAAGUAUAACGUAAAGCAAAGAAUUCUUAAAACAAGUAGCAUUUUGGCCUCCAAAGACUGACAGCUCUAACAUGCAAGUGAGCAAUUCUCCUGCCCUCCUGUAACACUUGUACUGAUGGAUGUAUGGGGGAGCUGACUAUUCAAACUCCUGGCGUCCUAACACUUUGGGUCUACUGACAGGUAAUGAAUGAAGAUGGACAUACAUCAAGCAUCCGUGACAAGAUCCUGUCCAUCGAUGUACAUCCUGGCUGGAGUCAGGGUACCAGAAUAAUGUUUCAGAAUGAAGGGGACCAGGUGAGAAAUUAAAUAAAUGAUUGAUGUCUCAUAUAUAAAAAGCUUGUUGUUGUAUUCAAAGAAUAAUGGGAAGGUUUUACGUUCCAUCAGAGAAUGCAAGGUAUUUGACAUCACAUUUAUAUUUUCCAUUAACUGGGGGAGCUAUUUUGCCCUUACAACCCACACUUUCUGCCACUUGUACAAUGUAACCAGAAAGUUAUCUGAUGCCCUUCAUUAACCAAGUUAGGUCCCCGGAUCUACCAUGUUUCCUUAUAGUGAUGGGCAAUAUAGUGAUAUGAAGCAUUCGCAUUCCACAAGAAGGAUUUAGUGGAUUCAUUAAUAAAUCAGUUUUUUUGGGAUGCCUUCCUUGAUUAAUUCAAUAAGUUUCCCCACAGCAUAUGAAUGCUAUAUAUGCUGCGGGGCACCACUUUCAUACGUCCCUAAAUUGGGUCACCAAGGCAGGCCCAAGGGGUGUGUGACAAAAUGAAUAUUACUGCAUUGCUGUAAAGAGUCAAUUCAUUGUCUAAUAUAGCAAUUCUGAAAGUGUUAGAAUAGCUUUAUAAAUAAAUGUUUUAUUGGUUUUCAAAAUAUAAGUACGUACAUUAUUCAUUAUCAAAUAGUUACAUAUAAAAUGUGAACUUACAUAUAUGAACAUAACCUGAAUUACUUUUGAGCAGUGUGAUGGGGCAAGGUCAUAAAGUGAGGGGAAAGGAGACUAUUUUCCAUUCAACUCAGAUCAUUCCAGGGUCUCAACUCCCUUUCUGGUGUUGCUCCCAAGAUCGUUAACCAAUUGUCCCAAAUACAGUAUUUUUCUCAAUUGAUACAAAAAUUAGAAGUAAUUUCCCAUUCCAUCGUACACUUAAACUUGACACGCUCUUUAAUUUGUGGCCAUGAUUCAACCUUAGAAGUUUUCAAAUUUGUGGCAAUAGAGCUUUUAAAAGCCAUUAAGAUGCAAAUCAAAAACCAUCUUUUACUUUUCGGUAGAGAUAGUCAUUUCAGAUGUAAUAUUGCCAUCUCUUCCUCCACACCCAAUUCAAUCCCAGAUAUUUACUGAUGAAUUUAAAAAGUGUUUCCCAACCGGAUUUAACUAAAAAGCAUCCUCACCAUAUAUGUAAUUCAUCAGCUGUAUCCGCACCACAUCUCCAGCAGAAACAUGUGUUAGAAUAAUGUGUGCAGAUGGUGACAGUAACACUUUAAUGUAUGUACCUCACAUUUUACAGGGCCCCAAUAUCAUUCCGGCUGACAUCGUUUUCAUUGUGAAGGAGAAGCCUCACCCACGGUUUAUGAGAGAGGGGGAUGAUUUAAUUUACACAGCAUGCAUCGAUUUGGGAAAGGUAAAUGUCUCUUCUACUUUAUAAUGUAUAGACUGAGCAUCAUGGGAAAUAAGGCUGGGUUUAGCCAAAACGCGUUCAUUCAUAAAGCUUAAAGGUAUUGGAAGCUGCACUUAAAGGACCACUAUAGUGCCAGGAAAACAAACUCAUUUUCCUGGCACUAUAGGAUCUUUGGGUCCCCCCCACCCUUAGUGUUCCACUCUCGCCGGGCUGAAGGGAGAGGAAGGGGUUAAACACUUACCUUUCUCCAGCGCUGCCUGGCGCUGGGGACUCUCCUCCUCCUUCCAACGUCAUCAGCUGAAUGCGCAUGCGCAGCAAGAGCCGCUCGCGCAUUCAGUCAGGUCAUAUCUCAAUGCUUUCCUAUGGACGCUGGCGUCUUCUCACUGUGAGAAUUGCGGAACCGCCUCUUGCGGCUGUCAGUUUCUCUGAAACUGCUAUGUUUACAGCUGCAGGGUUAACCCUAGAUGGACCUGGCACCCAGGCCACUUCAUUAAGCUGAAGUGGUCUGGGUGCCUAUAGUGGUCCUUUAACAGAUUUCCAGAGAACAUCCACUUCAUCCUUUUGUUGACAAGUCUGAGCCAGCUAUUUGAGUGACUCAGUACCAUGUGAGUGGGACCAAUUUGGGUUUUUAAAAAUAUUGGUGUUUUACUGUAUUACCCUAUUGUCUUUUUUAUGUUUUUUACAGAUUUAAAAUGUACAACGUGUUGUGAAAGAAUUUUUAUUGUUACGUUUCUGUGCUCUCACUACUAUAUUGAUUACUAUUUGCACUUUAUUUGUGUGUUUGGGGUAAACACAUAGCUGAUAGUAGCACCAUAAUUUUAAUAUCCUUGACUAUACUUUGAAUUCAUGUAUUAAUCAUGGGAAAUGUAGUCCAAGGCAUUGCUAGAUACAUUGGAAAUUGAUUUUUCUUUCUUUCAUUCAUAUUUUUAUGGGGUUAUGUAGGGCUCAAUUUAAAAUUCUGGUGCUUGCCUACAAGUCCCUACAUAAUGCUGCUCCAACCUACCUAUCCUCCCUAAUACACAAGUAUGUCCCGUCAAGGCCCCUAUGCUCUGCCAAAGACCUAUGUAUAUGCUCUGUCCGUACGCCCACCUCUAAUGCUCACCUCCAAGAUUUAUCCAGGGCUGCACCUCUUCUGUGGAACGCCCUUCCCUUCUCCGUAAGACUUUCACCCAGUCUCCACUCAUUCAAAAAAUCUUUGAAAACUCACUUCUUCAAGAAAGCAUAUCAAUUAAACUGUUAGAAGGUUUUUAUCCCCCCACUCCCAUCUAUGACUCCUCUCCUGCAACUGUCAAAAAUUACCUACUAAGCCCUAGUGAAUACUUUUCUAGCAGCCUACUUCAUACCCCUACUUUUACCCUUUGUGUCACUAUACCUCACUCCCUCUAGAAUGUAAGCUCAUUGAGCAGGGCCCUCCACCUCUCUGUUCCUGUACGUCCAGUUGUCUGGUUACAAUUACAUGUCUGUUAGUCCACCUAUUGUACAGCGCUACGGAAUCUGAUGGCGCUAUAUAAAUAAUAAAAUAAUAAUAGAAAUAAUAAUAAUUAUACUAAUAAUAAUUAUAAACUAUAGGAUAGGAUUGGUCUCCCCCACUCCCCUGAUUGCAGCUGUAGAGUCAAGUAUAAAAUAUAACUAAGCAAUUCAUUAACAUAAAACAGAAAGGUACAUUAUCUGCAGUGAGCUCUGCCCAGACCACAACCUGACUGAGUUAGUCAUUCUGCUCCUUUAGUUUACUAUGACAGUGCUGAAUGGGGAGAGUAAGGUCGUGACAUCACUUACAGCUGUGUUCUUUUUAGCAAAGAGGGUAACACUGCAGACUAGUGGCUAAGGACAGAAAGGGUGAGAUAAUGGACCUAAACUAACUGAUAAUAAAAAACGUCCACCUAGCUCACACACUGCAUUGAGUGUGUGGGUUCCUUUAAUGCCCCAUCAUGAUUUAUUUCAAUGUGAAUGCCACACCAAGAAGGCUUGCGUUUGUGUGCUUGUUGAACGAAGGGCCGGUGCAAGGACUUUUGCCGCCCUAGGCAAAAGUAAAGUUUGCCGCCCCCCCCCCAUGUGACAUCACAAUGCCCCACCCAUAUGAUCUGCCAUGUUAACUAACGCCAGUGCUGCAGUGCUGCCGUGUUUACAUUAAAAGGCCUGCAGGGACAGGCUAUAGACACCAGAACCACUACAUUAAGCUGCAGUGGUUCUGGGGACUAUAGUGUUUCUUUAAUGUGAGGUAAAUUAGAGAUUAGUGCCACGAAUAAUAUACUAGAUUGCCUACUUACAACCAGAUGAGGAUGAUGAUGGGCUCUAGCUGUAGUCUGGCUCCACUGGUCUGGUGUAGAACAGGCUCUCUGGAGGCUGUUUGUAACUGUGGUCACAAAAAUCAAUGUUCUGGGAGAACGGGAAGCAGCUCCAUUUUUUGGGGGCCCUUUACACAGCUCAAGGUCUGGGUCCCAGGGUCCACCUUCAUGUUCCACCAAUGAGUUUGUUCACAGGGGGUGGAGUGUGUAGGGGAUGUCCUGAUAUGUGUGUAAGGAAUGCAUUGUGUGAAUCUGUGUUUGUAUGUGUAAGGGCUGCAAGGUGUGUUUCUGUGUAUGUACGGGAUGCAUUGUGUGUAAGGGUUGCAUUGCUUGUGUGUGUGUGUCUGUGUGUGUAAUGCAUUGUGUGUUUUUCUGUGUGCAAGGGGUGCAUCAUCUUUGUGUGUAAGGGGUGCAUUGUGUGUGUGUGUGUGUGUGUGAUUGAUGUCAAUCUCUCCCCCCUCUCCCUCCCUUGUCACUUUCUUCUCCCCCCCUUGUCCCUCUCUUCUCCCCCCCUCCCUUGUCACUCUCUUCAACCCCCUUGUCACUCUCUUCUCCCCUCCCCUUCCCUCAUCAAUUCCCCUCCCUGUCAAUUUCUUUCUUUCCCCCCUCCCUGUCAAUUUCUUCCCCCCCAUGUCAAUUUCUUCCCCGUCAAUUUCUUCCCCCUCGACAAUUUCUUUCUUCCCCCUCCCCUACCUCUGUUGUAGCGUGGCCAAGCCCUGUAUGUUGCGCCCGGGUACAGGGAGCUUUUGUUUCCUGUGUACGGCCGGACUCAGUGUGCACUUCCUGUACCCUGCUCCCUGUACCCGCGGACCAUACAGGGCUUGGCCACGCUACAGUGAGGGAGUGACAGGAGGGAGCGCUGAGCCCUUCCCGCCUGUCAGCCCAUCUCCUCAUGCUACGCCCUCAUGGACGCACCAGCCCGGGCAAAGAUGCAGAGCGCUCGGGCGGCUGAAGCAUGAGGGGGGCGCGUGCUCCUGGUGGCGCCCCUUCCCAAGGGGCGCCCUAGGCAGUUGCCUAGUCCGCCUAACAGGUAGCGCCGGCCCAGGUUGAACGCAAUUCAAAUUCGGACACAGAGCAGGGGAUUGUGGGAUUAACACAGCUGGCUGUGUAUUCUGUCAUUUUAUUCUCUUUCAUAAGGAAGUGAGAGACCAGGAGAAGAGCUUAGCUUAAAACUAUAUGCAUAUUAUUAUAAAGGUUUUAUGCGUUUCUGUUUUUUUCAUAGAAUAUGCUCAUUGAUAAUUUUCACCAGACACUUAGUACCAUAUAAACAAUUGCACCAAACACUCUAAAAUACAUAAACAUUGUCUGGGAUGUCUGGGUUGUUAAACACAAACUAACAAAAACAAACAAAACACUUAAUAGAGUCAAAAUAUUGUUUUAUAUGCAGAUAUAUACUGGAAAUGGUGCAACAUUUUCACAUUUAAACUUCUGAAUAAUGAUUUUUUUUUAAAUUAAAGCAGCACUGUCACCCCCAUAUUAAAAAAUAGUAUUUCAUGAAGAUAGAAUUUUUUAAAUUCUUUAUUUUUGCUGUGCAGGUGGGUACAAGAAAUCAGCAGGCGCCACAACAGCGUAUUGCAAGAUAUACAAUGGUUAAACAAUGGCAUGAGAGUCUGCACAAUUUUAUAUUUUUAGCAAGCUUGCCUAAAUAUUUGUAUCGUUAGCAUGAAGUUAAACGAAAUACAGCAAGAUAAUUGAUGCUUAACUUGUCUAAUUUGGCAUAUGUGUGAGAACCAAAACAGUGAGCUUAUUUUUGCCUUUAAAACAGGAGCAAUGGUCAGCAUCAAGAACUGAUGUCUAUAGGCUUAAUUAAGUUUAACCACCAGGGGGCAGCAGAGCGUCGGACAUACAUGCAAGCUCAGACAUUUUAAUUGUUUUCUAACUGCAGGAAGAAUCUACUAUAAAGACACACAUUAAUAUGGUAGAUGAGAUACUAGAUUAAGAGGUACACCAUAGUCUGUUAUAGCUUUAGGCAUAUAUGGUUAGAAGCCGCUUGAUCCCUCCUGCAGCUGUGCGUUUAGCUGGUUAUUUCACUUUGUGGGGGCUUGACAGUCAGGAGUGGAGUGGAGCUUAUUCCCCAUUUUCGUUGUUCCCUUGUACUCAGGCAGGGUCAGAGUCCAGAUAGAGUCCCCUUAUAUCCACUGGUGUUAAUGAGAGGUGAUGCCUCUGUUGGUGUGAGUGCUAUAAUGCUGAGCUGAGCUGUGCUUGGCUUGCUUGUGGAGUAUUUCCCUUAUACAGGUAUCCUGUGGGUGAAAGGAGCACUCCGUCUGUCUGCUGUUGCUGUGGUACUUCCCCCUCACUUCGUCUCACAAUGAGUGCGGCGGCCAUCUUAGUUUUUCCCAUGCGGUCCCCGGUCAGUCUUCCUGCCGCUUAGAUGCCCUGAACGAGCACUGCGUCCCCGGUAGGGUCUGGGAUAACCCCCCCGGCCCACGGGGGGAGGGGUAACGGGGCCCUUAGCAGGCGGUGCGAGGUCCUGCCGGACCAAGCACGGGAGAUCGGCCGCUUCUCCCGCCAGGGCCUCACAGCAGGCCGCAAUCCCCCUCGCCUACCAGACUGCAUCGCCAGCGGAGCGGGGGCUGAUACUUGCCCCGAAGGCUGUUGGUUGGGUCCCCUUUGCCCUCUCACGGCAGCUGAGGGGUUUCCAGGCAAGGGAGGGCAUUUUUAAGCUGGUCCCUGCGAUUUUAGCAGGGAGCCGAGGUGCUCCACGUCUACCCCGCUCGGCGGCCAGGCCCCGCCCCCGGAGAUAGAAUUUUUAUCAAAUAUUCAUAUUGACUGUGUUGGAAUGUCACUGAAAGAAAUAUACUGAGACAAACUCUCUGUAUUUCUCCUCAGCUUGACUUUUCUUGACACAAGUCGGAGGGAAUUGGCUGUGUCUGAGGAGGAUCCCACAGUCUUGCGGGAUUCCCCACAAACCUCAGUGCUGUACUUUCGCGCAUGCUUCAGCGCCAGGAGUUGAAGAGGAGCAGCACGACCAAGAAGACGGCAUCAGCGAUGGACAGGUUCUAGCAUGUAAUAUCCUAUUCCUUCCCCAUUCCCCAGCCAACGGACCACCAGUUGCGAUGUCACCUUCGGGGAACUUUGCGAAUUCGGAAAAAACAGUGACGGUGCCGCUUUAACCCCUUAAGGACCGAACUUCUGGAAUAAAAGGGAAUCAUGACAUGUCACACAUGUCAUGUGUCCUUAAAGGGUUAAAAAGAAUCUUACUAUGUCAAACUAUCAAGGCUGUGCAACUACUUCUAUGCUGUUUGCGUUCAGACCAGCAGAGGGUGCCAAUGGGGAUUUUAAUAUGAGCUUUCUAAUUAGCUGUAUUUAUUGUAUUCCAGGCUCUGAUUGGCUGUACUGUGGAGAUAGAAACAUUAGAUGAGCGGACGCUGAAUAUCCCCAUUAACGAUAUCGUUCAGUAAGUAACAGAUGUACACUUUAUCUUUGCCCUUUAAUACUGUAUACUUGCGUUACUAUUGUAGGUGGUUUUUGCGUUUGAAAAAAGAAAUGUCUGCAGUUGCGCUCAUUGAUAUUUGUUCACCAAUGUAAGACAACUGGAAACAGCAAUCUUGAUUUCUAUUAGACCUUGCACGAUGAUAUAAUGCCAGCUUUAUCUGAGAGCAGGUGUGGCGUUAAAAUUACUGCUGUAUUCCAUCAUGUAUUUCAUUAUAAGCAUUGCUAUUUAAUGAGGCUUUAUGCCCUAAUACCAGAGCUCCACAGCAAUAAAAUUCACAGUAACGUACUCUGUGUAUGAGUGUAUCCCAGAGCUCCACAGCAAUAAAAUUCACAUUAAUGUAGACUGUGCAUGAUUGUAUCACAGAGCUCCACUGCAAUAAAACUUACUAGUGUGUAUUGUGCGUGAGCAUAUCAGCUCCACAGCAGUAGACCUCACACUACUGUGGACUGUGUAUGAAGUUAUCACAGAGCUCCUUUUCCAAUAACACUCACUAUUGUGCACUGUGCAUGAGGUUAUCACAGAGCUCCAUAGCAAUAAAACUUACAAUGAGCAUUGUGCAAAAGUGUAUCUCAGAGCUCCACAGCAAUAAAACUCCCUAAAUUCUGUGUGUAAGAGUAUCAGUCCGCAAAGAGACUUCCAAAGGCUUCCAUAGUAAGAUAGACUGAAAAAAGACCAAGUCCAUUAAGUUCAGCGUUUUACACACCUCUAUUAGUGGUGUAAAAAACACAAUUUUAAGGGAUUUUCUAUUUCAUCCAAAAUAAGAAAAAUCUUUCUUAGCCCUGAGGGUGACAGAAGUUACCUAUCCCUAAUAUUUUCUUAUUGUGCUCUGUCCUCCAAUAGUUAUAUUACAGGUGCCUAAUGAAGUACUCCAAAUAUUCCCAUUAGCGAGUAUCUGGGGGUAACAGUCUUCCUUGAUGCCAGGAGUGGACACAGUGUAUUAAAUCUACCUGUAUCUACCUUAAAGCUACAAUUUUACUAAAUCAUUUUGUUACAUUGUCCAAGUCCAACACCGGUAUUGUUGUUGGGGCGUUUCCAUCCCAGUACCUAUGGCUAAUUAUAAAAUGUAGGCAAAAUACUAACAGAGAUAUUGACUAAAGUCAAUACUCAAAGUCAAUUCCAAAGACAGAAAUACCCACGCUGGAACAAUUCUCUUGGUUAGCUCUACUUUCAGAUCGGCUACUCUGACCUUAAAUCUUAAAUUCACUUUUAAUUCUCUCCGCAGUAAAGUGAGUGAGCUGGAGAGUUGUUCAGUUUGGUUAAUAGUUUGCAGUUAUUUGGUUUAGCUAUUCUCAACAAAUCCCACUUUGGUGAAUAAGCUCCAAGUAGACUUUCCACCUGCCUGCACAGAACAUGUUAAGACGUUUCCAGAUGACGAGAGAUGGAUACUUUUAGAAUUGGGCUUUAUACACAUUGAAUGCAUCCAACUGAUAUUCUGUUAUAUUCAAAGCACCAAAUCCCAUCCUUUUCCUUGGCAGUCCGAAGUACAGCAAGGUGGUCCCAGGGGAAGGCAUGCGACUUUCCAAGGACUACAACCAGAAAGGAGACCUCAUCAUCCAGUUUGAUAUCCAAUUCCCAGAGCACCUCACCCCUCUGAAGAAACAGAUGCUUCGUAAGGCGCUUCUAUCAUGA